UAGCAUCGCCACGAACAAAAAUAUCGGUGUGAACAUCGACGCUCGACGUAUCGAUGUUUUUUCACACCACUAACUUUUUCUUUUCGCUUCUGGUUUCCGGCAAGCUUCAAGAUGACCAUCCGCCCAGCAUACAGGCCCAAGAUCGUGAAGAAGCGCACCAAGCACUUCAUCCGCCACCAGUCGGACCGAUAUGCUAAGCUGUCGCACAAAUGGCGCAAGCCCAAAGGUAUCGACAACAGAGUGCGUCGCCGCUUCAAGGGACAGUAUCUGAUGCCCAACAUCGGUUAUGGAUCGAACAAGCGCACCCGCCACAUGCUGCCCACCGGAUUCAAGAAGUUCCUGGUGCACAACGUGCGUGAGCUGGAGGUCCUGCUCAUGCAGAACCGCGUCUACUGCGGCGAGAUCGCCCACGGCGUCUCCUCCAAGAAGCGCAAGGAGAUCGUUGAGCGCGCCAAGCAGCUGUCUGUCCGCCUCACCAACCCCAACGGUCGCCUGCGUUCUCAAGAGAACGAGUAAGCUUAAGAUUCUUGAGAGUUCUUGUAACGUGGUCGGAAUACACAUUUGUAAACGUUAA